AUGGCAGGCUGCUGGGUGAACAAGACCUGGGAGAGUUGCUGUGCAGUGGCCGCGCCGGAGUGGGGCCUCGGCGGUUGUGAUGCUGGUCCAGGCUACUUUGAGGAGUGCUGCCGAGCGCGGGAGGCACCUCGGCAAAUCUUCAGCUGCAGCAAAAGCGCUGAGUGGAGCGCGUUGCGCAUUGGCGUAAUCUACGCCAGACCCUUCACUGAACUUCCAGAUCUCGAGGCGUUAAGGUGGCGGGCCUCGGAGUGUUUCCUGGGCUCCGUGACAGCGGCCUUGUGCUUCCUGGCCCUGGAAGGCGCGCAGGCGGAGGUCAGGGGCUUGAGCGGGCGCCUGAGCUCGGCCUUUCGCGUGGCGGAGGAGCUCGUGGUGCUACUGCUGAGGAGCCCCAUCUCUAUGGAUGAGGUCCUGCUGAGCGGCUGGCACCUGGGGGCGAUCUUGCUCUUCCUUCGGAGCCUCAAGAGCAUUGAGGAGGUGGCAGGCCCUUGGGAUCCUGAUCCGGUCGCCGGGUCAGAGGAGUAUUGGCUCUUGCGGCAGCUGGAGGCGCUGCCUGGCGCAGCCACCCUGCGGGUGCACCAGGAUUUGGCGUUGAAGGCCUUGGCGCAUCCGCAGUCCAUGAGCCCGGAGCUCGCCUUCGUGGUGGUGACCUGGUCUGGCGCCUAUCUGGCACUGCUGGAGCUCUGGCGCAACGCCGGCGCGGAGGGAGAGGAGGCCUCUGCGCUGCUGCGCUUGGGCGACGCCAAGCUGCGAGAGGAGCUGCUGGCAGGCGACAAGCCGCGCCCGCUUCGGCAGCUGCUGCUUGCUCCACCCUUCGUCUUGCACCUGCUGCAGGCCUUGCACCUGAGACCCGUGGUGCACGCCGACGUGUCGGCCACGGUACGGCGGUUCCACCACACCCUGCAGCCACCGCACACUUGGCGAGGCACGUUGCCACUCCUGGAGCUGCACCCGAUGCCCAUGGACGAUGGCGUGAGCAACGCCAACAGGGCCACGGGGCAAGUCUUUUGCGGGGACCUGCUCUACUUCACAAUGAUCGCCGCCCUAGCGAAGCGCCGCAUCUCCCAGGAGCUGCUGGAAGGUACGUCGCAGCCAAAGCCAUUGCUGCGGAUGUGGGAGGUGGGUGCGAACCUGGGUGAUUGCAGUCUGUGGGCCAUUCACAUGAUCUCCUCCUGGGGCAGUGACAGCGCUCAGCCGCAGCCCCUCUUCGACCUCGAGGCGGCGCUCUUCGAGCCCAUCAGCGACGCCAUCACGGCAGCCAAAGCUGCCGUCGCCGCCUUGCGUCGCCGCAGCUUGGUGAGGAAGGUGGCGGUGAAGCAGCUGGCGCUCGGGGAGCAGGUGGGGCACCUGGAGAUCAACAUCAAGCGCCGCUCCUCUGCGGAGGCCUCCUUCCACGGGUGUCAGGGCUUCCAGGGGGACUGUGAGGUGCACCAGGUGGAGAUGGAGACGUUGGAUCACUUACUGAUCGGCGGCUUGGAGGUCGUCGAUCUUCUGAAGAUCCAUGUUCAAGGCAGCGAGCUGCAAGUUCUGCAUGGGGCGCAGCACUCGCUGGCCACGGGCCGCUUCUGCGUGGUCUUCCUGCAAACCGACGCUGCGCGCAUCGGGCAGCGCGAGGAAGUGACCAGCGACUACAUCGUGGAGUCCUUGAUGGAAAUUUUCAGCAACUACUCCGCGGUGGCGGCUGAUAGCCGCGGCGAGGCGGUCGUCCCCCUGUCGAAGCUGAAGGCUAGGUUCCAGCAGAAGGAUCAGAACUACUACGUGGCGGCCUGGCACAUGGGCCAAAGAUGCGCCCACCGCGCCUCCUCCUUGGCGGCGGAGGAGCUCUGGGGCCAGGUAUUCGAGCAAAAUGUGGAACAAAAGAGAGCGGAUGUGCUCGGGCGCUUGGGCAGCAUGCGCGGAUCCGGCUUCUACUUGGGCCUGUUUCUCAUUAGGGACUCCUCCCGCUGCUUGCCAGCCCUGCCCUGGCUGAAGCGUUCAGCCCUUUGCUGCGGCCAUUCGAAGCUUGACAAGGAGUGGAGCUUCUUCUGGAACGACACCCCCGCAGAAGGUGCCAAGAGGACUGGGCUCGAUGCUGCGGCAGUGGCCGAGAUUUUGCGGCGGGACCUAGCUGAAGGGAAGUACAUCCUCACGGGGAAUCUCACGUCGGAGAUCUUCAGCGAUGAGUGCCGCUUCGUGGACCCCAACAACGCUGUGGAUGGAUUGGCCAAGUACAAGCAGGCGCUGGGCUUCCUCUUCGAUCCCUCGGAGAGUUUCCUCGAGCUCCGGCAAAUCGAGGGCGACGGAGGCGCCAUCCGCGCGGAGUACGUGGCUGGCGGGGUCUUGAAGCUGCCAUGGCGCCCGCGCAUCGCGCCCUGGUCAGGAAAGAUCGUCUACACCUUGAACAGUGAGGGGCUGAUAGCUUCGCAGGUGGACGAAUGGAACAUCACUCGCUUUGAUGCCAUCCGUCAAACCUUCACUCCUUGA